CCUAGAAUGGCCUGGGUGAUUGGGGCCUGUUUGGACCUCCUCAGCCACCGUACCACUGUCGAAAAAGGAACGUAAUGGCGACAAUGCUAUUUCGGAGCUGAUCAUUGAAGAUAAAUUGUGUCUAAUGUAACACAAUCGCGAGGAUAUUACUGAAAUUGUAACAACUCAUAACCACGGAAUAUAACAAUGGAAGCAGAAAACCGAUCGAGAAAGAGAAUACACCUGGAGGAAGAGGAGGUGCACGGCUCUGAGGGAUCUGAUGAUGAAGAAUAUGUGCCAUAUGUUCCUGUCAAACAAAGAAAACAGCAGAUGCUGCAGAAGCUGCUCCGGCUACGGGGGAAGGGUCUGACGGACGAGGAGAUGAGGGAGAGCGGCGGCGAGCAGAGAGACGAUGACGAGGGGGUGGGGCCGCGCUCUAACGUCAGUCUGCUCGACCAGCACCAGCACCUCAAGGAGAAGGCUGAGGCACGGAAGGAGUCGGCAAAGGAAAAACAGCUUAAGGAGGAGGAGAAGAUCUUGGAGACCGUAGCGGAGAGAAGAGCACUGAUGUCUGUAAAGGAGAUGGCCAAGGGAAUCACAUAUGAAGAUCCGAUAAAAACCAGCUGGAGGGCGCCACGCUACAUCUUGAACAUGCCUUCAGCGCGGCAUGAGCGUGUGAGGAAGAAGUACCACGUCCUGGUGGAGGGAGAAGGAAUCCCACCUCCCAUCAAGAGUUUCCGGGAGAUGAAGUUCCCACAAGCGAUAUUAAAGGGUUUGAAAAAGAAAGGCAUCGUUCACCCCACGCCCAUUCAGAUCCAAGGAAUCCCAACCAUCCUCUCAGGACGAGAUAUGAUUGGCAUUGCCUUCACGGGGUCCGGGAAGACUCUGGUGUUCACUCUGCCCAUCAUCAUGUUCUGCCUGGAGCAGGAGAAGAGACUGCCCUUCUACAAGAGAGAGGGGCCCUACGGACUCAUCAUCUGCCCUUCCAGAGAGCUGGCGCGACAGACUCACAGUAUCAUCGAAUACUACUGCAAGCUUCUGGAGGAAGAAGGGGCUCCACCCAUGCGCUGUGCCCUCUGCAUUGGGGGCAUGUCUGUCAAGGAUCAGAUGGAGGUGGUCAAACACGGUGUGCACAUGAUGGUGGCCACGCCCGGUCGGCUGAUGGACCUCCUGCAGAAGAAAAUGGUGAGCCUGGAUAUCUGCCGUUACCUGGCGCUGGACGAGGCCGACAGAAUGAUUGACAUGGGCUUCGAGGAGGACAUCCGAACCAUCUUCUCCUACUUCAAGGGCCAGAGGCAGACGCUGCUCUUUAGCGCCACCAUGCCGAAGAAGAUUCAGAACUUCGCCAAGAGCGCCCUGGUGAAGCCCAUCACCAUCAAUGUGGGCCGUGCCGGUGCCGCCAGUCUGGACGUCAUUCAGGAAGUGGAGUAUGUGAAAGAGGAAGCUAAAAUGGUGUACCUUCUGGAGUGCCUGCAGAAGACUCCACCCCCCGUGCUGAUGUUCGCUGAGAAGAAGGCGGAUGUGGACGCCAUCCACGAGUACCUUUUACUGAAGGGCGUGGAGGCGGUGGCCAUUCACGGAGGGAAAGACCAAGAGGAGAGGACAAAGGCUAUCGAAGCCUUUAAGGAAGGGAAGAAAGACGUGCUAGUGGCCACAGAUGUGGCCUCCAAGGGACUGGAUUUUCCUGCCAUCCAGCACGUGGUGAACUACGACAUGCCCGAGGAGAUCGAAAACUACGUCCACAGAAUUGGGCGUACUGGAAGAUCAGGCAAGACUGGGAUCGCCACCACCUUCAUCAACAAGGGCUGUGACGAGUCGGUUCUGAUGGAUCUGAAGGCUCUGCUGAUCGAGGCCAAGCAGAAGGUUCCGCCCGUGCUGCAGGUGCUGCAGACCGGCGAUGAAACCAUGCUGGACAUUGGCGGUGUGCGGGGCUGUACGUUCUGCGGGGGUCUGGGCCACAGGAUCACAGACUGCCCCAAACUGGAAGCCAUGCAGACCAAGCAGGUCACCAACAUCGGCCGCAAGGACUACCUGGCACACAGCUCCAUGGACUUCUGAGCUUCUUCUGAUAGUUCUGUCUGUCUGUCUGUCUGUCUGUGUCUGUCUGUCUGUCUGUCUGUCUGUCUGUCUCCUCCCUCCCUCCUUCGUGUGUGUCCCCAGUCCAUCCUCUCUUUCUCUUCCCCUUCCUUUCGCCCUCAGUGGAAAUGGUUUCCCUAUUUAAAAUAUUUUUUAUCAGAUGGGCGCCUGUUUUAAAGUUCCCGUAGCAUGGUCAUUGCGGAGGGGUGGGGGGUGUAGCGGUGGCUAAUGUUCUGUAUGUAAAUCCCCUGAGCGUGUCUUUCUCUGCCCUUGCUCCCCACACUGCUGUAAAAACCAUACGCUUUCCCUACGCUUCCUUUUAUAUGGCUUUUCUGAAGUAAAGCUCCAAUGCAGAUGUAAUGUAAAUAAAGUGGCAAACAGUG